CAUGCAAUGGCCCUGGAACUCUUGAAAGACCAUUUGAAAGAAGGCGACACUGCUUUGGAUGUCGGCUCAGGUUCUGGUUAUCUUACCGUAUGCAUGGCGCUGAUGGUAGGAAGCAAGGGUAAAGUGGUUGGCAUUGAUCAUAUCAGAGGAUUAGUUGAUCUUUCACUCGAAAACAUCAAUAAACAUCAUGGAGAGCUUGUGACAUCUGGACGAGUGGUGAUCGUCGAGGGCGAUGGUCGCCUUGGAUAUAAAGCACUUGCACCGUAUAAGGCAAUCCAUGUUGGUGCCGCUUCGCCUCAAAUCCCUGAUGCGCUUUUGGAACAGCUCGCGCCUGGAGGACGAAUGAUUAUUCCCAUCGGCACAGCCCUCAGUGAUCAGCAGUGUGUUCAGGUGGAUAAGGAUUUGGACAACACUGUUAAAGUGAAAGAAUUGUUUGGUGUUCUGUUUGUACCGUUAACUGAUAAACGUUAUCAGUUGGGUCAGCGCUGA